CUACUGGAGGUUCAGUACGAUUUCGCCAGGCAAUCGCAGAGGGUCUCCACGCCACGAAGACAACAAUCCAACUAUCGCGACCAUUAUCGAAUCCUUGACGAGUAACCAAGACAAAAUGGCUCAGAGUAAACUCAUUUGCGCUGCUCUUCUUGUGGUCUUUGGCAUUUUCGGCACCCAGGCACAGCAACCGUGCCAAACGGUCACCGGUAUGGCAAAUCUGAACGCCACACAACUGACCGGCUUGUGGUAUGAAACUGUACAAGCUCCCGCCGCCAACGUUGGCUGUGUCCAGUUAAAUGUGGCUCUGGCCAACAACAACACCCAGCUGGUCGUCACCAAAUGGACUUCCUCGUCCGCAACCUCCAACUACAUGAACCAGUUCACGAAUGCCACUGUCAAUGUCACUGAUGUGAAUGCCAACACCGGUUUUAAUUUCACCUACACCAAGUCUCCCGCCAAGCCUAACAACGCCACCUACAAGAUCCUAGACACUGACUACAAAACAUAUGUGACCUUCUGUAGCUACACCUCGGCCAACGAUCUGACGACCUCGGUAGGCGGCAUCCUGACCAGCACCGUAAGACCCAACAGCACUUGGGUGGCCCAGUUGGUCAACAACACUGCCCCCUACCUCGUGAAUUUCAACGUCAGCACUGUGGCCAAUGUCACCCAGAACAACUGUUACGCCAGUUCCGCGUCGACCACCUUGCCCCUUUUGAGCUCAGUGUUUGCCGCUUUCUAUUUGCUGAUUAGAGUCUUUAACUGAGUACAUCUUUGUCUAAAGUAGUCGCACUGACGUUUAAAACUUACUUUUAUUUAAUUUAUUGAUUUGUUAAAUGAAUUGUUGCCUAAUAAAAUAAAAUAAACGAUAUAUAAUAAGGUCCCCCCCCAA